AAAAGUUAUCUGUUAUCUAAGUGUUUCGUUUAUGUACUUUGUGAUAAUUAUAUGAUACCACUUGAGUGAAUGCUGCAGAUAUGAGCCCAGAGGAGGAGCCAGAGUAUCAGACACCACCCACCUGCGAUCUGCUCAGCCUUCUGCUGAAGAACAGACGCCCUACUGGAGCUGUCAACGAGGUUUGGCCCAACCUCUACAUCGGAGACGCGGCUACAGCUCAGGAUAAAACCCUGUUAGUGAAUCUGGGAAUAACACAUGUGGUGAAUGCUGCAGAUGGCCCCCAGCACAUUAAUACUGGACCACAUUUCUACAAAGACACCGACAUACUGUAUCACGGCGUAGAAGCACCAGACUGUAAACAUUUUGACUUGAGCCCAUUCUUCACUGAGACGGCUGAUUUCAUCCACAGUGCUCUGAAUCAGAAAGGUAAAGUGCUCGUACACUGUGCACGAGGAAUCAGCCGCUCAGCAACUCUAGUGCUGGCCUUCCUCAUGAUCAAAGAAAGACGAACCCUUGUGGAUGCUCUUGAGGCUGUUCGUAAACACAGAAACAUUCUCCCAAAUGUUGGAUUUUUGAAGCAACUCUGUGUUCUGGACUCAUUCUUGGCCCUACAGAGGAGGACGAUCAAAACUGACGGCUUCACAAGCUGGCAGAAUGAUGAAAACAAAAUUGUCGAGCAGGGAAAUGAAGGACUUCAAUCUCUCGCCAAUAAAUCAUGUGUGAAAGGAAGCCACAGUGAGAAAAUGGCUUCUCACAAGUCAAAGACUGGCACCAAGAUAAAUGUUACAAAGGCAGCAGAGGAAUCCAGUCCAGUGGAUGAAUAUGUCACACCUGGGGGCUAUGAGCUGGAGAAAAUCCUCAACCGUGGGAGUGUGGCUUACACUCAUGUCAACGAGGUCUGGCCUAACACCUACAUCGGGGACGAGGAGACUGCAAAGGACAAACAUAAUCUGAAGAAGUUGGGGAUUACUCACAUCUUGAACGCAGCAGAAGGGACAUGGAACAACGUGGACACUGGAGCUGGUUACUAUAGUGACAUGGACAUCGUCUAUUAUGGUGUGGUAGCAGAGGACGUCCAGACGUUUGACCUCAGCCAGUAUUUUGUCUCUGCUGCCCGGUUUAUUGAAGAAACACUAAGCAACCCUCAGAAUAAGCUGCUGGUGCAUUGUGUGAUGGGAAGGAGUCGGUCUGCCACGCUUUUCCUCGCCUACCUCAUGAUCUGUGAGAACAUGACAGUGGUCGACGCCAUCGAUCACGUGAAAAGACGCAGGCGGAUCAUCCCCAACUGGGGCUUCCUGAAACAGCUGAGAGAUUUGGACAUGGAGCUCCAGGAGAAAAGAAACAACGCUACAGAGCAAAGCUGAUUAUAAGACUUAAUGGGCAAGUUGACUCAGGUCAAGCCUCAAGUCAUUCAAGACAAGUUCAAAUCAGGUUAUACUGUAGGUCAUUAGUCCAAGUCAAGUCCAAAUCAAUUCAUUACGUAUUUGAGACAUGUUCAAGUUAAGUGACAACUCAUUUGAGAGUCACGUUACAUUAAUUACAGGUAGUCCAAGUCAGCUCUCAAGUCAUCCGAUUCAAGAUCAGGUUGGGUCUCAUGUCUUAUCAUAGCAAGUUGCAGGUCAAAUCUGAGGUCAAGUCUCAUGUCAUUGGAGACAAGUCUGAGUCAAAUCUCGAGUAAUGUGAGUCAAAUCUAAACCAGGAAGUACAUCAUUGGAGACCAAGUCAAGUCACGAGAAACUCAGGACAAGUCUCAGUCAAGACACAGCAAGUAAUGUGAGACAAAUCCAAGUCAAGAUGCAAGUCUUUUUGUUUUUAUUAUUAUUAUAGAGCAUUUUUGCCUUUAAUGGACAGUUGGUGGCAGAGAGACUGAGAGGAAAUAAUGGGAGAGAGAGAAAUGGGUAUGACAUGCAACAAAGGUCCCUUGCUAGACUUCAACCAGGUAUAUGGUAUUUAGUUGCAGAUAUAAGGCAUGUGCUGUAACCACUUAUCUACAAAGUUGCUACAAGUUACGAAAAUGCAUUUCACUGGUCUAAAUAAAGAAAUUGCAAGUCACAAGUCUGCCACAUGUAUCCAAAUGCUGAGUAUUAAAAUGUUUUUAAAUUCAAAUUAUUCCCUUUAAAGUUGUGUCAAUAGUGUUGUUGUUUUUUUUGCAUCAUUUACAUCAAGACCUUUUUUGUAUUAAAUAUUAAAGGUGUGCAAAACCUG